UUAAUUAAAUAUAUGGCGUUUGAGUUUAUGAAAAAUACGAUUACAAAAUACAAAGACGAGGACCAACUUCCGAGUUUCCUUCCUGAAGCUGCUACCGAAAUCCGUUCGGAUACUUGGAACUCGCGCAUUAUCAUCACAACCCGGCGCUUCUACCGUCGAUAAAACUCACACUCACUCAAUCUCAAUCUCAAUCUCAAUCUCAAUCGUAAUCUUGGGGGACAUCAGAAUAUGAAGCCGCAUCCAGCUUGGAGUUCGUCGAAAAACCCAGUUAAGUUCAGAAUUCCAACUGCUGAAAAUCUUAUUCCCAUUCGGCUUGAUGUUGAUAUAGAUGGUCAGAGGUUCAGGGAUACAUUCACUUGGAACCCUUCUGAUCCAGAUUCUGAUGUAAUUUUGUUUGCAAAACGGACAGUGAAAGACCUCAAGCUUCCUCCAGCAUUUGUAACCCAAAUUGCUCAAUCCAUUCAAUCACAGCUUACUGAAUUUCGAUCAUUUGAAGGGCAAGAUAUGUACACAGGCGAGAAAAUUGUCCCUAUUAAGCUUGAUCUUCGAGUGAAUCAUACAUUGAUAAAGGACCAAUUUUUAUGGUUGAACCAAUUUCAGGACUUGAAUAACUUUGAUAGUGACCCUGAAGAAUUUGCAAGAAUUAUCUGUGAAGAUUUGGGUAUCCAAGACCCUGAAGUUGGACCUGCAAUUGCGUUUGCAAUUAGGGAACAACUUUGUGAGAUUGCAAUCCAGAGUGUAGCUUCAGCAAGGGAAACAAGAAUAAACAAAAAAGGACGAAGGGGCACUGAACAUCUGCCUCUCAGUAAGCCAGGUGGAACUGCGUUGGACACGAUGAAGUUAUUUGGUAACAAAUCAAGUGUGAUCAGGAAAAGAAGGGAGUGGGACUUAUAUGAACCCAUAGUGGAUCUUUUGUCCAAUGAGGAAGUUGAUGCCCUAGAGGCUAGAGAAUCAUGAUUUAUUUAUAUUUUUUCGAUAUCUUGAAAGAAACAUUUUGCUUACUUACACUUAGAUAAUCUCUUAUUCCAUGUAGAUAUCCAUGUAUCUUCAUUGACUUAUUUGGGUGUUUAGGUUGACAUUUCUAGAUCUUCUAUCUUUUAGGUUGUGUUGUGUGUUGUUACUGUCCGGACAUGGUUACACAGUUUUUAAGGCUACUUUCGAUGACAA